AACCCCUCCAUCUCCCACUCUAUAUAUAUAUAUAUGGAGAGGACGCACAGCUUUUAUGUUUCUUUAUAUAUGAGAGUGUGACUUUUGGUCAUCCUUCUCGUUUCAUACAUAAACCUCUGGUGAGUAUAGUCUUCCAGGGAUUAAAGAAAUGAGUAGCAAUGAUGCAAUAGUAGAUACCACAACCCCAACCGAAGAAGUAAGCCAGGAGGAAAUUUCUUCUGAUCAACAACAACGACUCAAUGCCAAAAAACUUUCAUUGCAAAAGCUGAGACGAUAUGACUCCUUGGACAUGGAAUCCGGCAGGCUUCACGGCCAUCUCCGCCACGGCUCCAAGGGUGCAAAGUGGUCGGUGAUAUUGAGUCUAGCGUUUCAGAGCAUAGGGGUGGUGUAUGGAGACAUUGGUACAUCACCGCUCUACGUGUACGCAGCCACUUUCACCAAAGGUAUAAAACACAACGAUGACAUAUUGGGAGUACUGUCUUUGAUUCUCUACACCCUCACUUUGAUCCCUCUCGUCAAGUACGUCUUCGUCGUCUUACGUGCCAAUGACAACGGUGAUGGAGGAACAUUUGCGCUGUAUUCGUUGAUAUGCAGAUAUGCGAAGGUGGGUUUAAUUCCAAGUCAAGAGUUGGAAGAUAGGGAUGUUUCGAAUUUUCAAUUGGAGUUGCCAAACAAUCGACUGCGACGAGCAUCGAGGCUCAAGUCCAUGCUAGAGAAUAGCCGAUUUGCAAAGUUCUUUCUAUUGUUUGCAACAAUGCUUGGCACUUCUAUGGUCAUUGGUGAUGGUGUACUCACUCCUUGCAUCUCAGUUUUAUCGGCUGUGGGUGGAAUCAAGGAAGCUACAUCCUCCGUGACGGAAGGAAUGAUUGUUUGGAUAUCAGUCGCGAUCUUAAUCUGCAUAUUCGUAGCUCAAAGAUUUGGAACAGACAAAGUGGGAUACACAUUCGCUCCAAUAAUUUGUGUUUGGUUCUUAUUUAUUGCAACAAUUGGAGUCUACAACUUCUUCAAGUUCGAUCCAACAGUAAUCAAAGCUCUAAAUCCACAGUACAUCGUCGAGUAUUUCAAGAGGAACAAAAAAGAUGCUUGGAUUUCCCUUGGUGGAAUUGUUCUUUCCAUAACAGGAACUGAAGCGUUGUUUGCGGAUGUUGGACAUUUCACAGUUCGGUCAAUACAGAUUAGUAUGUGCACUGUGACAUAUCCAGCACUGAUAUUAGCCUAUUCAGGACAAGCUUCUUUCCUUAGGAAGCACAAUGAGUUUGUUUCAGAUACCUUCUUCAAGUCCAUACCAGGUGCACUGUAUUGGCCAAUGUUUGGGGUGGCAAUGAUGGCAGCAAUAAUAGCAAGUCAAGCCAUGAUUUCUGGGACUUUCUCUAUCAUCCAACAAUCUCUUUCACUAGGCUGCUUCCCUCGUGUUAAAGUUGUGCAUACAUCUUCGAAGUAUGAAGGACAAGUCUACAUCCCCGAAAUCAAUUAUCUUCUCAUGCUUGCCUGUGUUGCUGUCACCAUUGGUUUCAGAACCACUGAGAAGAUCGGUCAUGCAUACGGGAUCGCCGUGGUGUUUGUGAUGACACUCACAUCUUCAUUCCUAGUACUAAUCAUGAUCAUGAUAUGGAAAACUCACAUUCUACUCAUAAUCUCCUAUGUUCUUGUCAUUGGCACUGUUGAGAUUCUCUAUCUAAGUUCAGUCCUCUACAAAUUUGAUCAAGGAGGUUAUCUCCCCAUGGCCUUUGCUCUAGUUCUAAUGGCUAUAAUGUACAUUUGGAACGAUGUAUACCGAAAAAAGUACUACUACGAGCUUGAUCACAAGAUCUCCCCUGAAAAGCUAAAAGAAAUCGCUGUUGACACGAAUUUCUGUCGAAUCCCAGGCCUCGCUGUCUUCUACUCCGAGCUCGUUCAUGGUAUUCCACCCAUCUUCAAACACUACAUGGCGAACGUGCCUGCCCUUCACUCGGUCCUUGUUUUUGUCUCUUUUAAAUCCCUACCCAUAAGCAAGGUCCCAGCGGAGGAGCGGUUUCUGUUUCGCAGAGUUCAACCAAAUGACCUAAACGUGUUUCGUUGCGUGAUGAGAUAUGGAUACACAGACGUGCGACAUGAGCCUGAGCCCUUUGAGAGAAUGUUGGUGGAGAGGCUAAAACAGUUCGUAAGAGAGGAUCAUGUGUUUGCUGCAAUGGUUCGAGAUGGUAAUCAAGAAUCUACUGAUGAUGAUGAUGAUGAAAAUGCGAACAAUGUCAACAAUGCAAAGAAAGCUGAGAACAACGAGAAAGUAGCGGAAGCGAUGGAGAGGGAAAUCGAAGUGCUUGAAAAAGCGUGGCGAUCGGGGAUUGUGCAUUUGGUGGGGGAGAAUGAGGUGAUUGCAGGGAAAGGAGCCGGGAUAGGGAAGAGGGUGUUGAUAAAUUAUGCAUACAGUUUCUUGAGGAGGAAUUUGAGACAGACCGAUAAAGUGUUUGAUAUUCCUCACAAGCGUUUGCUAAAGGUUGGAAUGACAUAUGAGCUUUAGAACAUCGAUCCAUGAAGUUUGUUUAUUGAGAUCUAAGAAUAAUUGUGGUAAUUAGGAGUUAAUAAUUACACUUACUUUGAUCUUGUUUAGUGCUUAGGUUUGUUUGUGUUGGAUAAAAUCAGCACACCCAAUGUAGUCUGAUUGUAGAAAGAAUUGCAAGUAUAUAUGAAGCAUAAAUAUCGGUAAAUCUUGUGCAUUUUGCUCA